CUACACAUCCAUGGCUCAUCAACAGAUGGUACAAGCACACUGAAACACACAACUUUUCUUCUCAAUUUCUUCACGCACCACUUGCGGGUCCCUUGGGCUCCCGCUCAGCUCCGUGAUGUGACACUGCACCUCCCGAACAGACACACGUCGUGCCUUAACCCGCAUCGCGACAUCGGGACAACAUUUCACAUGGCAGCUUUUCAGACCACUCCAUGGAGGUUGAUUUCAGGGAUCUUAGGAGUACUAUGCCUUUUGUUGAUGGCUGCUUUGGGAGUUUUGUUGAAACAUUCAUUUACUAAACAAAACGAUCAGCCAACAUUCUCUCCAGGACCCUCCAUAGAUCUCCAGGAAGGAUCUGACUGCUGUUCUUGCCAAGAAAAGUGGGUUGGGUACCAGUGCAACUGCUACUUCAUUUCUAAUGAAUUAAAAACAUGGAAAGACAGUAGCAAUUUUUGUGCUUCUCAUAAUUCCAGCCUACUUCAGAUGCAAAGCAAAAAUGAACUGCAGCACUUUCUGAGCCUCAGUUCGUACCUUUACUGGAUCGGACUCUCUUACAGUGAAGAGCAUCGUGCCUGGCUGUGGGAGGAUAAUUCCACCCUCUCCAAAGAUCUAUUUCUAUUAUCCCACCCUGAAAAUCCAAAAAGCUGCAUAAUCUAUAGCCCAAGCUACAGUGUUUUGGAUGAAAACUGCAGAAGUAAAUAUCGUUAUAUCUGUAAGCAACGGCUUAUUUAGUUGUUUCAUGGGACAGAUGGGGUGGGCAAUAAAGAUCCAGUAUUAUUUAGAUAAGUAACGUAGUAUUACUACUUAUCAACUUCUGGAAUCUGUAAAGUGUUUCAAACUGUGUCUUUUCAUACAUGUUUCACAUAUUUGAAAACACUUGUUUAAAGUUUUUUUUAUCAAUAUGUAAUUGACGUACAACAUUAUAUUAGUUUCAGGUAUACAACAUAACAAUAAACUAGACACUGUCUCAUUGACAUCCAUCACCAUACACAGUUAGAAUUUUUGGUUUUACUAUGUGUUUUAAAAUUGAUGAAAUUUGUCUGUCUACCCCUGAAAUUGUAAAGAGUCAAGAUAAAUAAUUUUAUGAAUGUUUAAUGUGUAUGUUAAAUAUUGAAUGUAAUAGUUUUAUGCAUAGGUUCUUGUAAAAUCUCUUAAAAAUUUAAAUAAAACUUAAUUCAUG